GGCCUUGGCCAUGGGCAACAAGCAGAGCGUUUUCACCCCCCAGCAGCUGGAGGAAUUCCAGGACUGCACCUUCUUCACCAGGAAGGAGAUCUUGAGGCUCUUCUAUCGGUACCAGGACCUGGCGCCCCAGCUGGUCCCGUUGGACUACACCAGCUGCCCGCAGGUCAAGGUGCCCUACGAGCUGAUCUGCGGCAUGCCCGAGCUCAAGGAUAACCCCUUCCGCCAGCGGAUCGCCCAGGUCUUCUCCGAGGAUGGCGACGGGCACAUGACCUUGCACAACUUCCUGGACAUGUUUUCUGUGAUGAGCGAAAUGGCUCCCCGUGACCUCAAGGCCUACUAUGCCUUUAAAAUCUAUGAUUUUAACAACGAUGACUACAUCUGCGCCUGGGACCUGGAGCAGACGGUGAGCAGGCUGACGCGGGGGGAGCUGAGCGCCGAGGAAGUGAGCCUGGUGUGUGAGCGGGUUCUGGACGAGGCCGACGGGGACCACGACGGGCGGCUGUCCCUGGAAGACUUCCAGAACAUGAUCCUGCGGGCGCCCGACUUCCUCAGCACCUUCCACAUCCGCAUCUGA